AUGGCCGCCACCCCCGCGCGAGCUUCAGCUCUUCUUGCCAAUCUGAACGCUGUCUCUGCGCGCAUCACAGCUGCAGCAACUCAUUCUCCAACCCCGUCUAAGCCCGUCCGCCUAGUAGCAGUCUCCAAGUUGAAGCCCGCCUCAGAUGUGCUUGCCCUGCACCAACCCCCAGCCUCACAGCUGCAUUUCGGCGAGAACUACAUCCAAGAACUCCUUGAGAAGUCGCGACUACUUCCACCCAGUAUCAAAUGGCACUUCAUUGGCGGACUGCAGUCUAACAAAUGUGUCACGCUAGCCCGUGACGUGCGCGGGCUAUGGGCUGUCGAGAGCGUUGAUACAGAGAAGAAAGCCGGACUCCUGAAUAAAGGAUGGGGCGAGAGGAAGCCUGAGGACAUCAAUGCGGAUGCAGUAGCUGCUGGUGACGACAGACUCCGUAUUUAUGUGCAGAUCAAUACCUCCGGCGAAGAGAACAAGGCCGGUGUCGAACCGACUGCUGCGCCUGCCCUGGCUCGUUUUAUUAAAGAAAAGUGUCCUCGUCUGAAGCUGCACGGUGUGAUGACUAUUGGAGCUAUUGCGCGGUCGAAGGCUACCACUCCGGAAAAUGAGAAUGAGGACUUUGUGUGUUUGCGGGAGACAAGGGAUCGAAUUGUUGCGGAUCUGGGAUUGACCGGGUCUGAUGCGGAAUUGGAGCUUAGUAUGGGAAUGAGCUCGGAUUUCGAGGGUGCUAUUGCCCUAGGAUCGGACCAGGUUCGUGUUGGAACGACCAUUUUUGGGGAUCGGCCGCCCAAGUCGGAGGCGAGAGUUAUUUAG